CGUCCCCCUGUCACGUGACUCCCUGUGUUUCCCAGCUAAACAACAUGGCUGCCGAGGAUCUGCCGUCUGAAUUUGACGUCGUCAUUCUUGGCACAGGUCUUGCUGAGUCUGUGGUGGCAGCAGCUUUUUCCAGAGUGGGGCAGAGAGUUCUUCAUGUCGACAGGAGGAGCUACUACGCAGCCAACUGGGCCAGCUUCACUUUCAACAGUCUGCUCACCUGGAUACAGGAACACCAUGAGGAGUCUCAACCAGAGGAGGCCCAGGAUUGGUCGAGCCUCUUGGAGGAUGGGGAGGAGCUGAUCUACCUGUCACCAGAUCCCGCCUCCAUCAGUAACGUGCAGGCGUUCUGUUUCACCAGUGAGGAAGAUGAGGAGGAGGAGAAAGCUUCAAGUCCUGAUCCUCCAAAUACCACAGAAGAAAAAACAGGAGGAGCUAAUGAAGACAUUGUCAAAGAAACCUCAGAGACAGAAUCUGCAGAUUCAAAAGAAGAAGAAACAAAGGAGAAACCCGAAGAGAGAGCAGACGGAGCGGAAGAAGAACAGGCCUCUAAGACAGAAGGGGAGGAGCCAGAGGCAGAUCAGCCAACUGCCUCUGCUGCUCAGAGCCAAUCAGAGCCGGCUAAGAAGAAGAUCAGCUACGCUCAGCUGGUGAAGGAAGGACGCAGGUUCAACAUAGACCUGGUCUCCAAGCUCUUGUAUUCUCGUGGCUCACUGGUUGAUCUUCUGAUCAAAUCAAAUGUCAGUCGCUAUGCAGAAUUCAAGAACGUCACCAGGAUACUCACCUAUCGCCACGGAAACGUGGAACAGGUGCCCUGCAGCAGAGCAGAUGUGUUUGCGAGUCGUCAGCUGUCUGUGGUAGAAAAGAGGAAGUUGAUGCGUUUCCUCACUUCCUGUGUGGAGGAGACGGAGGAGCAGCGUGCCUACAACGGUCGGCCGUAUUUGGAGUUCCUCUGUGACCAGCAGCUAGGUGACAACCUGCAGCACUUCCUGCUUCACUCUAUCGCCAUGGUAACAGAGGACACACCCACAGAGGAGGGCCUCAGUUCCACACGUCACUUCCUGCGUUGCCUGGGUCGCUACGGCAACACGCCCUUUCUGUUUCCUGUCUAUGGCCUUGGAGAAAUACCCCAGUGUUUCUGUAGGAUGUGUGCUGUGUUUGGAGGAAUCUACUGUCUGAGACACUCAGUCAGCUGUCUGGUGGUGGACAAGACCACCAACAGGUGUAAGGCAGUGGUUGACAGCCAAGGACAGCGAAUCAGCUGCAGCCAUUUUGUGGUGGAGGAGGGCUCCGUGGGGACGGAUCGGAAGACGGUGACCACGCCCCCCAGGUUUCUCUCUAGAGCUGUUUUGAUAACUGAUGGCUCCAUUCUGCCCAGCGACUCAGACCAACAGGUCUCCAUGGUAACGGUUCCUCCAAUAGCAGCAGGAUGUCCGGCGGUGAAGAUGGUGGAGCUCUGUUCAUCCACGAUGACUUGCAUGCCUGGGACAUAUUUGGUCCACCUCACCUGUCAGUCAGUUGGCUCCGCCUACGAGGACCUGUCGCCGGUGGUUACCAAGUUGUUCCGCACGCCGGAGUCACAUGACCAAGAAAACUGUCCGUCCGUCCUCUGGUGCCUCUAUUUCAACAUGACUGACAGUUCGGGGCUUGAGGUCGAAGGUCACAACCUCCCGUCUAACGUAUUUGUGUGCUCUGGACCGGACGGAAGUCUGGGACACGAACAUGCCAUCAAACAGGCUGAGUUGAUCUUCCAGAAGAUUCUUCCUGAGGAGGAUUUCUGUCCUCCUGCUCCGAACCCUGAAGACAUCAUCUAUGACGGAGACAACAACUCUUCCUCUGCGGGAGGAGAGGAGAACGGCGGAGCAGGAGAGGAGGAGAACGACGGAGCAGGAGAGGAGGAGGAGGAGAAGAAGGAAGUGUUGGAGGAGAAUGAUGGCGAAGAGGAGAAAAAAGAGGUGGAGGAGGAGGAGCAGAGCCUUCAGACUGAGGAGUAACGCCUAGAAAUAAAAGCGCAUAUCUACAAACCAGAUAAAGCCAAAACCUCCUGCAGUGCAUUGUGGGUAAAAGUUGCCUUUGCUUGUUCUUAUUUUUCUAUGAUUUUUCUUUGUGUCUUAUUUAAACAUUGUUUGUUCUGUUCUGUGGAAACAUUAAAGCUUCAACAUGAACAAAC